AUGGCAACGACUGAGCCUCCUGACAGAUUGUACGCGGAAGAGUCCAAUGCGGAAGCCGAAGUUGACACCGUCGAGACACCAAAAUUGCUGCACAUCCCUGACUUGAGCACGGUCCCUGGCAAUGGGCUGCGUAAACUCAGCGAAGUGAAUAUCGUCGCGACUGAACGGUAUGGCGAUCUGUACGCCCCAAUCUUCCGCCAACUCCAGAUCAGACCAGACAAGUACCAUGACUUCCACAAUGGUGUGAUCCGCGUUGUCCGGAGAAAACAGCAGGCAGAGAUCCGGCGCGCCACAGGGGCCAGUAUCAAGACAACGACGGAUUACUUGCUUCGUGCAUUUGGCUACAUCGUCUGGACACCAAACUCAGAAUGGCUGCUUGACGAGAAAGAUCUUGAUGAGGGAGAAGCGCGGUUGCUGUAUUGGAAAAACAAAGCCGUUGAUCCUAGGUUCCACCCUGUCUGCAAGUCGCUCUGGCGCCAGAUGCGAAACGUGCAAUUCACCCGCCGCGCAACACCCCACCGAGGACAAUCUUCAAGUGACGCGCCAACCGUGAUGGCAGACGGUGAUGAGUCUUACAUGGGCGAUAUCGACUCCGGCCAUCCCUCCCCUCACAGUCGCGCUCGAGCUACAGCCAUGAAGAAAAUCGAAGAUCUGUCCGCCGAAGUCGCACGAAGACUACCGGCACCAUCCCGCAUGAACGCUGACCAGACGGAAGAGGCCAUCAUCGAUCUGAUCACCAGAUCAGCUACGAUUCGAGCCAACAGCGACCCAAAGAUUUUUGAGGAACUAUGGCAGGCGCACAUCAUGCGAGUUGAGGAAUUGGAAGAGGAAAUCGCACACGGAGGGGGACCGAUUGCAAACUCGGCUGUGGAGAACCUUCAUCCCGCUGUCACCGGCAACCAGCAGAACGCUACUUCUCCGUCCAACGAGCCCUUCAACACCUCUGGCCUGGCCCUUGCCCACUCCUACCCAAGCACCUUAGCCAUCGCACCCGCUCUCCCCUCAAUCAUGUCGGUCUACAUCAGCAUGGCCCAGGUUGCGUCUCCCAUUCGUAACCCAGCGCCGAGCACUGCCGCAGCACCCAUGACGCCUGCCUAUCACUGGCCCUCGGCCCCGGUUGAAAAUCAUCACUUCGUCAACUUCUUCACCGGCAUUAAUUAUCGUGUGGAUGUUCCUUCAGCGCGGAUACUGGGUCGUGUUCAGGGUGAGAUGGCUGGAAAUACUGCCGAUGUCAGAGCUCACGACGGAAACGACAAUGCUGGUAGGGUUGAUCAAGAAGUCGAGCGUGCCAAGGACAUGACCGAUGUGAAUACACCAGCUUCGGCAACUACAACACCCACCUUCGCACCAAAUGAAGCAAAGAGCAAGGAACCCGAGGACUUCACCAUUCCGGAAUGGCAGACCAUGGCACUCGGCUGGCGUGACUUUCAGAACGAUCUGCGGUAUGCAGCCCAAUCCGGCGUGCGAGUUUGGAGGAUGAAGGUCUGUGUGAUCACCGUGCAUGCUCGAGACAUGCACUGA